CCAAGAGACGCCAAGAGGUGUCUGACUGGAAAGAAAACAUGGAGAAAGAGCAGUCCCAGGGAGAAUCCAAGAGACGCCCAGAAGUGUCCGACUGGGAAGAAUACAUCGAGGAAGAGCAGUCCCGAGCAGAAGUGAAGAGCUACCAGGAAGUGUCGGACUGGGAAGAAUCCAGCGAGGAAGAGCAGUCCCAGGGAAAAAUCAGCACCUUCCAAAAACUGCCCAAGUGGGAAGAAUCCAGUGAGGAAGAGCAGUCCCAUGGAAAUGGCAGUAGCUACCCAGAACUGACCGAGUCGGAAGAAACCAGCACGGAAGGGCAGUUCCGAGGAAAAUUCAGUGGCUUCCAAGAACGACUGUCCGACUGGGAAGACUCCGUUGCUGAAGAGCUUUCCCAAGACGAAGACUCCUUUGGCCAAGAGUUUUCUGACUGGGAAGUCUACAGACCCUCAAUACUGUCCCGAUGGGAAGACGACAGUGACAGGGAGCUCAUGCUGCAGGACUGGGAACGCAUGACCAUGCACAGCUUCGAGGUCAGGCCCUUGCGCCCAGAGGACGACGAGUGGGAAGAACUCAGCGUCCUCGAGUUGUCCCAAGGACAAGGAACGGAACACAGGCUGGGAAUCCUUGCGGAAGAGGGGUUCCUGCUGCCCGUCCCUCGCGAGGCGUGGGUUGAGUGCCGGGUCUGUGCCUCCCCUCCCUGGCCGGCAGCCCAGACCCUCCGAGGGACUCCAGCUCCUCCCACCUUGGACAAGCAGGUGGCACAGGCAGGGACACGGAGCCAGGGCCCUGCCCCAGAGAGCCCUCGCCACACCCGCAGCCUCUCCCCUCCCCUGCCAGAGGCUCAGGCCCCCCGAGGGGCUGCAAGGGUCCUCCUCAGCCCCUCCCGUCCCCAGCUGGAGGCCCAGGCCCCCCGAGGGGCUGCAGCUCCUCCCGCCUUGCGCAGGCAGGUGGCAGAGGCAGCGACACAGACUUGGGCCCCCAGGAAACGUCCCUCUCGUUUCAGGAGGAUUCUCAGGGCUCUGGCCAGGCUGUUCCGUGCCUGCGCGCCGUGA